AGCUCAUAGCGCUAUACAGAUAUCAUCAAACCCUAGUAUUACCGAUUUAUCGACGGUUAAACGGAAACAAAGAAACCCUACGGAUAUCUCUACUUUCGCCUCUCCGAUCGACCAUGACCGCCAUAACGUCCGAUCGUCCCGGUGCAGAUUCAAAGCCGGCGGGCAAGCUCCGAUGGGGAGAAUUGGAGGAAGACGAUACGGGAGAUCUGGAUUUUCUCCUCCCGCCGAAGCAGGUAUUUGGUCCAGAUGAGAACGGUAUUAAGAAAAUCGUCGAGUACAAGUUCGAUGAGGACGGAAAUAAGGUGAAGGUCACCACCACGACACGCACACGGAAGCUCGCCAAGGCUCGUCUCAGUAAACGGGCAAUCGAGCGCCGGUCAUGGCCCAAGUUCGGCGAUGCUGUGCGCGAGGACGUUGGAAGCAAUCUCACCAUGAUCUCCACUGAAGAGAUUUUGAUCGAGAGGCCCAAAGUUCCCGGCUCCAAAGCAGCAGAAGAGGCAAAAACAGCGGAUGUAUUGGCUGCCCUUAACAAACCAGGCGCUGUCCUCAUGGUUUGUCGUGCUUGUGGCAAGAAAGGCGAUCACUGGACAUCUAAGUGCCCAUACAAGGAUCUCGUCCCUCAAAAAACAGUCAGCUUUCUUGAAACCCCACCAACCUCGGAUGCUCCUGGUGUAGGAGUCGGUACCUCCAAAGGAACUUAUGUUCCACCGGGGUUGAGAGAUGGGGCAAAUAGAGCUGCUGGAUCAGAUAUGAGGCGCCGGAAUGACGAGAACUCGGUCCGUGUGACCAACCUCUCGGAAGACACAAGGGAGCCCGACUUGAUGGAGCUUUUCAGGCCAUUCGGUGCGGUGACAAGAGUUUAUGUCGCCAUUGACCAGAAGACAGGCAUGAGCAGAGGGUUUGGAUUUGUCAAUUUUGUCAACAAAGAAGAUGCGCAGAGGGCUAUCAACAAACUCCAUGGCUAUGGGUAUGAUAAUCUCAUUCUCCACGUUGAGUGGGCCACCCCUAGAGCAAACUAGGACUAGUUUUAUCUUGCCUUUUAUUAACAGCAUUUCGGCGUUCAGAACUUUUAUACAGUUAUUUCUGUGUGAUGCUUUGUUUUUUUAAGAGAUUUUGGGAAAUAUUGUUAAGCAUGUGAUAAAGAUUUUUUGUUUGUCUUCACAUUACAUUUUUGUGCGAAGUGUUUAUUAUGAAUCUCUAUAAACUUUCAAUUACUCAGCUAACUCGUAACAUUUCAGAUAUUUUGGUGUCUUCUCAAACUUUGAGUCUUUUUCAUGGGCAAAUUCUUGUAUAGACCUUCAUUUAAGCUAAAAUAAACUUUACUUUUAGUG